AUGACAGAUAUAACAUUUGAAAGAGAACUUUUUGACAGUAACAAUGAUCAAUUACUCGACGAUGAGAAAUUACUCGCCACUCAAGUUAAAGAAUUUGAAGCAAUAAGUGAUCAACGACUUGAUUCAUCCUACCCGUUUGUUGUUCGUAUUGAUGGAGUUUCAUUUCGAAAUUAUACUCGUGGUUUUACGAAACCAUAUGAUCAACGUAUGACACGAGCAUUUAUUCGUACAUCAGCCGAUUUACUACAACGUUUCAAUCCAUUGACAAUCUACUAUGAAUCCGAUGAAAUCUCUCUCGUUUUCGAUGCUUGUCCAAUUGUUUAUGAACCGGAAAAACAUCCCCGGGAACAUAUGUAUUCUGGUCGUAUACAAAAACUUGUAUCGGUACUUGCAUCGUACACAUCAGCUAAAUUUAAUAAAUAUAUUAAUGAAGAAGAUUGGUCGGAUAUAGAUAAUGAACAUAUCCGAGAACGUCUCGCGUCACAUUCCGCUUAUUUCGAUGGUCGUGCUUUUUCAGUGCCAGAUCAAUUUGCUGCUAUGGCAUCGGUUUAUUGGCGUCAUCGAUAUGAUACAUUAAAAAAUGCAACAUUAACCUAUGCAUUAAGUUAUUAUUCUCAACAUGCUAUUCUAGGGAAGAGUCCACAUGAAUUGCGAGCUAUGCUUCGAACAGAAAAAAAUUGGGAUAUGUUACAUGAGGCACCAAAAAAUAUUAUUUAUGGUACAUUUUUAAAAAAGGAAUUAUACGAUUUAGAAAGCAUCGAUCGUAAAUCACAAGAACCUGUCGUUGUGAAACGUAGUCGAAUACGUAUUGGAUCAUUUAAUAUGCAGAAAUUAUUAGCAACAACAGAAGAAAAAAUCCUGUUUAUGAUGAGUAAACAUUGGAACGAUUGUAACGCAACAGUAAACGAAAUCGAAAUACCAGAAUGGUGGAUGAAAUAUUACAAACAACAGCAGACAGUGACAACCGAUAACUUGUGA